UCUAUCGAUAUUAGGUUUUUUUCUUUCGAUUUACCGUUCUCUCCUUUCUCUUUCUCUCUCUUUCUCUCUUUCUGAUUCUCCUAUCCUUUUCCUUUUAUAUAAAAUUCAACGUUAUUAUUAUUAUUACUUAUUAAUUUGUAUACUUAUUAAUCAUUAAUUAUUAUUAAUAGAGAUAUUUCCCAUUCCCUACGCGUCGUCCUUUUUCUGUUCUUUAUUACCGUAUCUUUUUAUCGCACUCCCGGAUUCGUUGGUCGACCGGAUGACAAUACGAUGUAUACCGAGACAGAUAAACAGGGGACACCGGCCAAGAGGCAACAGGAGAACAAUAACUCGGUUUUCGCCAAUGAGAAAUCCCCCGAGAAACGGACGAACGGUAUCGUAGUGGAAACGAGUAACGCCAGUAUGGUGAAUACCCCGGAUCUGAGCCCGGUGAAAAAUAUAAGGAACGGGGAGGUCGAGGAUACCGAAGUUCGAAAAACUAAGAGAUGGCCAACCGACAAGGCGUACUAUAUAGCCAAGGAAUUACUUAUGACCGAACGAACAUACAAAAAGGAUCUCGAUAUGAUAAAUGUGAGGUUCAGGGAGGAGGUAUCUCGGGAGGGUAAAUUGGAGGGGGAGGCGGUGGUUUCGCUGAUCGAGCUUUUGGCGGAUGUUCACGGACCUUGUCUUCAAGAGAUGGAGGCGAGAUUAGAACGAUGGGAGAGCAACGCGCGUCACAACAUAGGCGAUUUCCUUUACAACACGUUGUUGAACGUGCUGCCCCUUUACGAUCAAUAUCUCGAGAAUUUGAUACCCGUCCUCGAGAAGAUGGAAUAUUACACGAGGACGUCACGUCGUUUCGAUCAGCUGUGCCGCGAUUUCGAGGCCCAGAAGCAUUGUUAUUUACCGCUUACCUCAUUCCUCUUGAAACCAUUGCAACGGUUGUUGCAUUAUAACAGUAUUAUCGAUAGGUUAUUAGAUCAUUAUCCGAAAGAUCAUACGGAUUUCGAAGAUUGUUUGGCGGCGAGGGAUCGAUUAGGAGAAACGUUGCUCGAAGGACUUAGCAUAAUUAACCAAGCGGAAAAUCUGGUUCAGCUUUGCGAAAUGCAAAGGGACAUCAGCGGUUUCGACAAUUUGGUGCAGGAAGGACGUAAGUUUAUCAGGCAAGGUUGUUUGCAAAAGUACAGUCGUAAAGGUUUUCAACAAAGGAUGUUCUUCCUGUUUUCCGACAUAUUGUUGUACACGUAUCACACCCAACAACCAACCCAAUGUUUUCGCGUUCACGAUCAAUUGCCGUUAAAAGGGAUGAAGAUUCGUGAUAGCGACAACAAAACUGGGUCGGAAUUUGCGUUCAUAAUCGACGCCCAAGGAAAUCAAUCCUUGAUAAUCGCUGCUACUAACGAGGAAGAAAAGGAAAGAUGGUUGGAAGACUUGAACAUGGCUAUCGUGCAAGCUGAUACCGAUCCAAAGAUGCCAUAUUUGAAUUUAAAGUCUUGCAAUUCAGCCGAUGAACUGGGCGAUGGUAUUGGAUUAGAAGCGGACCGAGGAAGUUGCGGAGGUGCUAAAGCCUCUCAACGAAUCAACACGACUGUACACAUGUGUUGGCAUCGUAACACGAGUAUCAGUUAUAGCGAUCAGUUGCGAGCGUUUCAAAAUCAACUUAGUGGAUUUCUAUUAAGGAAAUUCAAGAAUAGUAAUGGCUGGCAAAAGCUUUGGGUCGUCUUUACCAAUUUUUGCUUGUUCUUUUAUAAAUCUCAUCGAGACGACUUUCCAUUGGCUUGUUUGCCAUUGUUGGGAUACACGGUGACCAAACCAUCGGAGAAGGAUGGUAUCAACAAAGAUUUUGUUUUCAAGUUGCAAUUCAGAAAUCACGUUUAUUUCUUCCGUGCUGAGAGCGAUUACACGUUUGGACGGUGGGUCGAAGUGAUUCGAAGCGCGACAUAGCAAAAUCACAUUUUUUCAAUGGAAAAGAAGGAUAUUAAUAUACGUGUUCUAUACAAUUCCAAGUAAUGAAACAUAUGAAUCGAAUAUCUUAUAUACAUUACGAAUUUUCAAAGUGUUUUUCAUUUGGUAUUAAAAGUCGAGAAAUUUCAAGAGGUUAGGAGGGAAAUUUGUUAGCAAUAAAUUUAUCAAAACUUUGCGGCCUUAUUUUUGGGACUGAAAUUAAAUUAAUUAAUAUGAUUAAUUAUUAUAUGAUUAAGAUUGUAAUCGACAAUCAAAUUGAAAUUAAUUAUCAAAUCAAAAAAAUAUCAAAAGAAAAAAAAAGAAAGAAAGAAAAAAAAAUGUAAAGACUGCGUAAAAAAAAAAUUGUAAAAUUAUAAAAAGACGAAAGUAAGAUGUCUUAUAUAGAGGAAAUAUUAUACCGAUGCCUUUACCUGGAUAUUUUAAAAAAAAAAUUUUAUCAAUAUAAAUUCAUUCUUAUCAAUUUUUUUGUAUUUAGAUUACUAUGAGGAUAUAAGAAUAAUAACUGAAAUGCAAAUAUUAUUGCAAAGAUCGUAUUUAAUUGGAAUUUAUAUCGACGAAUAUAAUAGACGAAUCUAAAUAUGGAUGAUUAAAUUUCGAUAUCAAUGGUGAAAAACUAGAUAUAAGUAUUGGACCAAUUUUAUAGUAGAAUUAUUUUAGCCAUUCGCAUUUU